AUGGACCGCAAAGAUCUGCGGGAACUGUUCGAUAGACACGAUAUUCCUCCCAAUCACGCUCUGUCCUAUCUUCCCCCUCUGCCUCAGACCCCGCACACCAACCGUCAUGCCUUGGCGGAGUACGCGAGCGACGACGCGGAUGAGAAGUACCAGCCUCGGUCUCAGCGUAGACGCGGUCCAGACCGUCCGGAGCGCGAAUAUCCGAGUAGCACGGUCCGACGCCAUGCUAAUGGCGGAGGGGACGAAGGCCGCUUGCCCCGCUCAACCACCCUUCCCUCCCUCAGCACCGGGAAUCGGGCGGCUCCUCGGAAGUCUCAGAUCGACUCGCACUACCCUAUGCUCUCUACUCGCCAGUCGUCCAUGAACACCGCCCGCAAUAUCUCUCCUGUCAAAGCGGAUUUCUUACCCCCUACACAACCCUCGGCUCUCCUCCAUCCCUCCUCGGCCGCUACUCCCUCGUCCGCUACGAUCACAUCCAGGACGAUAGUAUCCGCGUCAUUUAUGCUACCAGCUGGGGCGGACAUGUCGAUGCUGCAGGAUGUGACGUUUGGGGAGCUGGGGCGAGUGAGCCUGGGGAAUGACACAGUGGAGCUGGACACCAGGGUUGGUAUGGCGGCUGCAAGCGGUCACGGAAGCGCUGUCGGUGUGACAGGCGUAUCAGCGCCGAUGGUCUCACCGAUUAAGCGCGGAAGCCGACCACCGGCGGAGCCCUUCGCCCAGUCCAACCUUCUACCCCGUACUCCGGCCAGGGGUUCGUCGACCAGCACGGCCCCCAUCGAGCUCAGCCAACCGUCCACUGUCGUAGCGGAAUCCCAUGGCCGUGCCCCUUCCACUCUCCGGACUUCGCGCCCUUCCGGAUCGAUACGUCGACUACCCCCCUCCACUUCCUCCAACUUCCUCACUGUGCCCACCCAAGACCACGCCGGUGACGCCAGCACGCUCCUCCCCGUCAGUCCGCUCAAGACCCGCCAUCUCCUCUCGGACGAGCACCUCCUCACGCACACCAAGAUGGAGGAUGAGACUAUGCUCAGCAUGAGUCUCUUGAUGCCUCCGCUGGUAGGCCCGGUGCGUCGGGCAUCACCGGCCAAGACGCCCAGGAGCGCAAAACCCAGAACGAGGGCGGAAGGAGCGGAUCAGACGAUGGAUAUCCAGCAGAUGAUGGCGAGGGCGAAUCAGGCGCGGGGAGUGGGAGUGGAGGAGAGUGUGGUGGAUCUUUUCCGGGCAGAUAUGGACGAUGAUGAUAUGAAUAUAUCUAUGGUCAGCAACACCUUCAUCCCGCCAGACUUGCGCCCAGGUCUGGUGCGCUCGAAGAGUCUCUCGCGACUGGAAAUGGAGAAGCGGGCUACAGACCGGCCUCGAGCCAACGACGCCCAGGCGGAAUAUACCCGCACCCUGCCCCGCACACGGCCAACCAGCUACAUCGAGCUCGGCGCUCAACCGUCCCCAACUCGUACUCGGCCGGUAGUGGCUCCAGCGCCAAUCGCGUCCAGGCGAGUCUCGCUUUCCGUCGGAGCGCUUCCUCUCCCCUCCAGCGCGUCUAUGCGAAAGCUGGACUCACCUCUUCGCCGCAUCGCCUCGCCCGUCAAGCCGAUCGCGCGCCCCGCUGGUCCGGUACCCGCCACUCGCAGCGUCCUCCCAAGGCCUGCUGCAAAGAGCAGUAUGCCGCCGUCGGCGGUCAAGGCAUCUCAGCCCCCAAAGCCUCGAACGGGAUCCACUCCCAGCCUCGUUCCCGCACGCUCGUCAACCCUCCCACGCGCUCCUACCGUUCGCACCACCACGGUCCCAGCACAAGCGGCCCGCACCGGUAUCAGGCCUGCGCCAGUCGAGCCGAAGCCUACCAGCAGGCCUGUGGCGCGGCCCUUGCCCACCGGAUCUUCCGCUCGCCCGACGGCCAGUACUGUUCCCCGGUCGUUCGGCGGGGAUGCUGCGGGCGUAUCUAAUCGGCUACCUCGACCUCCGACGUCCUCCACCCUACCCACAAGAGCCGCUAAAGGGUCCAUGGGCCCACCCGGUCUCCCUCGUCCAACUAUCCCAGCGGUAUCAGCUGCCAAAGCUCGGACACUCUCCACCCCUGCGACUACCGUGAUAAAGCCUCCCAGCUCAAUCCGCCCCACCACCACUACCACCUCCCGACCUCCCACAGUCCGUGCCGCUGCUCUGCCCACAUCUCGGCCCAUACCCUCUGCGCGCGUCCCUACAACUAGCGGAUCGACGCUUCCCCGCUCCGUCCCCUCGACUGCGCCGUCCUCCACGCAUCCAUCGGCGACGAUAAGCAAGUCCUCUUCAAGGUCCACAACGGCAGCGGGAUUGGCGGAUAUCAGGGCGAGGCUAGACAAGCUCCAGGCGAGACACCAGACCUCCCGGGUUCCCAGGUAG